GACAAAACUCACAAUGAUGUACAUUUAGAGCUAUAGCAUGCGUUUUGGAGUGUGGCACGAUGAUAGAAGGCUACUCCCCUGUAGCCCAGGCCCUGCUGGGGACUCUGUUUACCUGGGGUCUGACUGCUGCUGGGGCCGCCAUGGUGUUCAUUUUCUCUGGUCGACAGAAGCACAUUUUGGAUGGAAGUUUAGGAUUUGCAGCAGGGGUGAUGUUGGCUGCUUCCUAUUGGUCAUUGCUGGCGCCAGCGAUCGACAUGGCAGAGGAUUCUGGGAAGUAUGGCUCAUUUGCUUUUCUGCCUGUGGCCCUUGGCUUCACAUUCGGGGCUGCUUUUGUUUACUUCGCUGAUGUGGCCUUGCCCUUCAUGGGUGUAUCUACUGACCCUAACAUUGCCUUGGCCCUUGCUUCGGAAUCCAAGCUGGUCAAACAGAACGAGGAGGAGCAGCUUUAUCCAUUUUCUGAAUCCCAAGCCAUCAAGAUAGGUAGAACUGGACCUCUCCCAGAGGAGGGGCUUCAACUCCCGAGGAAGAGAGUAUCUCAUUGGAGUAACUCAGAUGAUCAAGAAACAGAAAGCAAAUAUCUGGGAGUGACUGGCCAAUCAGGAAGCAGCUGGAGACGCAUCCUUCUCCUCAUCUUUGCCAUCACUAUUCACAACAUUCCAGAGGGCUUAGCUGUGGGAGUUGGAUUCGGGGCCAUUGGGAAGACUUCUUCUGCAACGUUUGAGAGCGCCAGGAAUUUAGCUGUUGGUAUCGGCAUCCAGAAUUUCCCAGAAGGCCUCGCAGUAAGCUUGCCACUUCGAGGCUCGGGCGUCUCAACGUGGACGGCUUUCUGGUACGGCCAGCUCAGCGGCAUGGUGGAGCCCGUCGCUGGCAUGCUUGGCGCCGUCGCCGUGGUGUUGGCCGAACCUCUGUUGCCAUACGCGUUGGCGUUCGCUGCAGGGGCGAUGGUUUUUGUGGUGGUGGAUGACAUCAUACCUGAGGCUCAAGUCAGUGGGAACGGGAAGCUGGCGUCCUGGACUUCAAUCUUGGGCUUUAUCGUAAUGAUGUCACUUGACGUGGGGCUGGGCUGAAUCACCGUGACGACCGGCACCGCAUCAACAAAGCCAUCAUCACCAUGACACGCCUGACCUCAGUGUCAAAAAAGGGGACCAAGUCACAUUUUGUUAUUGAAAUGUCACAAAUUAGUGAGCCACUUUUCCACAGUGCAGUAUGAACUCAUGUUGCCAUAGUAUUAAACAUGUGACAUCAUCAUCAUUGUCACCAUGGGCGAAGCAUAGGUUGCAUUAUCCUUUAAAAGCAAACAUCAAAUUGACUUCUGUGUGAUUAUGUUGUACAUUGUUCAGUGACAAACAAAAACAAAUUAUGCUGUUACUUAUGUAAUGACAUAUUGAGAGUGAUUUUUCCCUUUAUAACAACCUCAUUUUAGUACAGUUAGGUCCAGAAGUAGUUGACAGUUAAUAUAGGAUUCCUGCUUUUUUAAACCAGCACGUCAAAAUGGAAUUAAAACGUUACUUCACUUGAGAUGCGUACAGGUCUCUUAAACCAUAUAUUAUAACCAUAAUUUUCCUCCCAGGAGAUUCGUUGCCAGGUCUUCAGUUGCUGCUUUGUUGUGGAUGCCGCUACAUUCAACAUAAUUACAUGCAUUUAUCUUUAAGUUGCUUUCUCAGUAUAUUUAGGGUCUUAUCCAUUUUACUGAGAAGUGGUUAGCUAAAUGUGAGCUAUAGAUCUAUACUGCUCACAAUUUAUCUUGUUCUGUCAGCUGGCACAUAAAUAAUAAUAUAAUAUAUUAUAUAUAUAUAUAUAUAUAUAUAUAUAAUAUAGUGUUUGUGUGAAAAAGGUAACAUCACAAACCUUCUGUCGCUGUCCAAAUGCAUCAGCACCUGACUGUUUUCUGGUGGAAAAGUGGGUUUUAAAAAGUUAUUGUUUAGACUCACUUAGGAAUUAAUUCCGAAAAAUUACUAAUGACUAGUACCCCUUUUUAAGACCCUGCAAUUGCUUUUUUUCUAAGAAACACAAGUUCUACAAUCUUUUAGGUUAAAUUACUGUUGACAUACGUUUGUUUUAGUUUGAACUUGCAUUUUUUGUUUUUGUUUUUUGAAUUACCUCAUGCUUGCAAUACUUGAACUCUGUGACACAUUGGACUCAAUGAAUGAUUUGGUCUUUUUCUGAUACUUUACACUUAAAGGUUAUUUGAAGAGAACGGGCCUGUGAAAAGCCUGAACAGAAGCAGCUCAUUAUUUCUUUUAAGGAGUUAAAUCCACGGGCACAUUGUAAAUAUGCUGUUUUAUGGUAUGCUGUAAUAUGCAAAUUUUAAUAUGACUUGUUGGGAGACUCUGGGAAUUUUUGGGCAUUUCACAAUCGUUGUUUCUGAUCUUAUUCACAAUGCCGAUGGAAACUAUACUGCACUCAAACACAUUUGCCAACCCCUAAAAACUCGUGCCUUCUUUUUGGGCUGUCUACUGCCAUCUGCUGGCCAAAAUGACCAGUUCCCUCAAAAAAAAAAUCUAUAUAUAUAUUAUGGUGAAGUUGUUGAUUUACAUGUGAAAUGUUUAUUUAAAUAAACCGCUCCCUUAAC